ACAAGAAGAAGAAAGCAAGAAAGAGGAAUAGAAGAAGAAGAAGAAGAAGAAGAAGUUGAAACAAACUAAGAGAAAAAAAUGGAGUCUCAGAAGAAGAUAGCUCAUGAGAUCGGUGGUGUUAAGAAUGAUGCUCUUAGAUUUGGUCUCCACGGCGUUAAGAGCGACAUCAUCGGAUCUCACCCACUCGAGUCCUCUUACGAAUCUGAAAAGAAAUCGAGAGAGACGAUGAAGAGGAUGGUCAUUGGACAUACCUAUGGGACUGCACUUCCAUUGAAGAUGGAUAUGGAUAGGCAAAUCCUCUCAAGGUUUCAGAGACCUGCUGGACCAAUUCCAUCGUCAAUGCUCGGUUUAGAAGUUUACACAGGAGCCGUGGAUGACUUUGGUUUUGAGGAUUACUUGAAUGAUCCUCGUGAAUCCGAGACAUUCAAGCCCGUAGACUUUCACCACGGGAUGGAAGUUCGUCUCGGCAUCUCAAAGGGCCCGGUUGACCCAAGUUUCAUGUAAGGCCACAUCAUGGGUGGGUUGCUGUGUUUUAGCUUUUGAAUCAUGGAAUCAAGUUAGAUCGUGUAUGAACUUAUUUCAACCAUAGACCUUAUAUAUUCUCUCUUGACCCAAGUUUGAAAUCAGAUGAGACAACCUGAUCAGUUCUAGUAUGUCAAGUUUUGUGAAACUAAAAUAUCAUGUUUUAGUUA